GGCGCUCUCACGAGUGCUGGAGCGGGAAGCACGGAAACAAAGCAUUCGACUGCGAUGCCCACGACCGAUGGCACUGACACCGGCAGCAGUGGUAUCCAAGAUGCAGCCUGAACGCGCCCCCAUGGAUCCCCCCGUCGCCCCCCCAAAUGGGUCGCAGACCUUGAACAUGGCAGCGGCAGUCACAUAUCGCCAACGCAUUUGGCUCCUGCUCUACGAACCAUCGUCGUCGCGACUUGCCUAUUACACAUCGAUACUCUUGCUGAGCGCGGUCUUUGUUGGCACCCUCAUCUUCAUCCUGCAGACCGAACCCUCUCUGACGUGGCUAGCACCACAGCUCUCGAUUCUCGAGCGCUGCUGUGUCUUUCUGUUCACGGCCGAGCUCGCGCUGCGGUCUGCUUGUGCUCCCAACUUUUGGCACUUUACCUGUGAUGUCUUCAACUGGGUUGACUUGAUGUCGAUCGUGCCGUUCUACCUCGAACUGUCUCUCAACACGAAAAACACGUCGUCGGUUGGCGCGAUUCGCGUCAUGCGGCUUCUCCGCGUUGCCCGCGUGCUCAAGCUGUCUCGGUACACGACGUCGCUCCAAACGUUUAGCAAAGCCAUGUCGCGAAGUGCCCAGCCGCUCUUUAUGCUGCUCUUCCUCGUCGCCGUCACGAUGGUGGUCUUUUCAAGCGCCAUGUACUUUGCAGAGUACACGGAGAGUGGCUGCCGCCUCUCACUCUACUCCCCCAUGUGCUCGCCGAGCCAAGUGCCACCACCCCCGUCACCGUGCUGCGACCCCAACCCGUUUUACAGCAUUGCGGCGUCGUUUUGGUGGUGCAUCGUGUCGAUGACCACUGUCGGGUACGGGGACAAUGUGCCAGUGACGCCGGUCGGCAAAUUGAUUGCGUCCAUCACCAUGAUGUCCGGCCUCAUCAUUCUCGCGCUGCCCAUCAGUGUCAUUGGCUCCAACUUCCAGCACGUCGUGAAAGAGUCGGCGGCGCUUCUUGCUACGAGGGGGAAGACCGAAGUUGGGAUUGGCUCGGACGCUGUGCACAAAGACGAGAUUCGUCGCAUGCUUCAGAGCUUUCACGUUCUCGACGACGCGGUCGAAGUGGACCCGAAUGAGAUCGUCGGCUUGUACGAUACCCGCGCGAGCGGUGUCCUCGACGUCGAAGGGCUGAAGCGCCUCAAGGAAGACCUCGGCGAAAUUCAUGGAACUCUAGCCGUCCACGCUGUGCAAAUUACUUGCAGCGGCGAGGCGCGGGCGCGGCGGCUCACGCAAGCUGGGUCGCUCGCCAACCUGGAGGGCCCCACCGACGAUACGAUAUCCGCUAUCGAAGAAGUCGUUGAGACGCGGCUGCUCGAGUCAGAAGUGCGCCUCGAAGCCAAGCUCGACCGCGUCCUUGCGCUGCUUUCUGCACUCGAGCAGAAACUAGAGCGACUUGACGCAUGAGAUGUAAAUCGCACCUACAGUAUAUGGUUUGAGUGUAUGUCGUA